UGAAGUCAGUGUAAUCUGUGAUUUCCUGUUUUCAUUUUGCCAGUUAUUACAGUUUUAUACAUAAUUUAGUUUUUAUUUUAUUGGGCAUUUCGGCAGUAAUGUUCCGUCCCCACAGUAUUUAUGAGCACUAAAAGGGUUCUCCUCAGCGGUACAGUGAUCUCACUGCAGGACACUCGGUUUGUGUAUCCGGGCUGUAAACUCUGUCUGUGCAAAUUAACGCAGGAGGCGAGCUUCAGCCGGUGUCCCAAGUGUGGCUUCACAUGUGAAACACGAAAUGUGGACUACAGAUUCAGGCUGUCUCUAAAAGUGUCUCGAGAUACGAGUCUGUUUGGAGUGACAGUUUUUGGAGGUUGUCUGAAUCCGUUUUUUGGCAUUACGGCUGGUGGUUUACAGAGAUUUGUAGAGUCAGAAAAGUUUGAAGGACCACAGAGUUUACAGCAACUACUAAUCAAAGCCGUGGAGGAUUGCUUUAUUGGAAAAUGCUUAGUUUUUGGAUUUAAGCUUUCCGGCCGCGAUGCAGAGAGCUGUUUACUUGGCAAACAUGCUGCUGAAUCAGUGCAGUUUGUGGCCUGUCAAGUCAUUCCUCCUCAUGGAGCUUUUCUGGGCAUCACUGUUUUCGGCUACUUGCAAAGACUUAUGCAGGCAAAUGCUCGCUCAGGCUGUUCUCCAAAAGCUGGUUGUCCGUGGCAGCAGAACGUUUCUCCAGGGAGCAGCUUUGACCACACUCUCCCGCUGUGUCAGAACUCGUACUCCGAAAGCAGCCAGGAUGGAUUAACACCCCCACAUGCAUGGCAUUCAGUGUCAGACCUGGUUUUAUGCUUCUCUCCAGAGAAAACAAGAGGAUGCUCUUUACCGGAGGUUUCGGUGGACGAUGAAUCACAAGAACCUUUGGUCUCGCAGUGGUCAAAUGGUGUGCAAGGUGCUGAACUCUGCCCCUUCAAGCCUUCUGAAUCAAAACAUAACAGACUCUCUACUUCACAUGAGUCUUUGUUUAAUGCUUCGCCUACGUCCCCCGUAAAAACCACACCCUGUGAUCCUGAAUCGAAAAGCUUCUCCUUGAAUCAGUGGGCUUCAAAAAACUGUCUUAGCCAAUUUAAUGCAUCUUUUCCUGAAAAACCGCUUGUCAAUCACACCAGUUUUGCUUUAGAGGAUGCACCUCUGUCAGAAUCCUUAGGAGGCUUUGUCAGCAUAGAGCCGCAGAUUGUUAAUCAGAAAGUCCUCGGUUUCACCAGUAAAAGAGAUCAAGUCACACCUGAAAACAGUGUUCUGCUUGACAAUGACACAAUUCCCAGGUGUACCUCAGAGGUUGGAUCACUGUACUCUUCCCUUUCUGUUCUCACACCAUUGCAUGAUGCUACCAAUGACGAUAAGUCGCUGGAAAGAACGGAUAGAAAGCAGAAAACGUCCUCAGCAUCUAAACAUACAACAAAACUAUCACAUGUUUCUAAGGAGUUGCUCCCGUGUGUCUCAAAGGAUGUGGCGUCAAAAAGAAACACAAGUACUCGUGCACAAAGUCAUGCCAUAAAAGAGCAAGAAAAUCAAUUGAGUGGCUCUGAUGCCUAUAAUUGUUCAGCGGACUUAUUUCACCAAAGCAGCAUGGACAUGUUUGAUGUAGCUGAAAGCGCCGUCUCUGACGCCGAUUCAAAAAAGCAAGACCGUGUUUGUGAUAACAUUUUUGAGCCUAAUAUUUUGAGUUUCAAUUUUGCUCCUUCUCUGCAGUCCACCCCUAUUGUGGAUCCAUCCAUCCAGUGCGCACAUGGACAGAGGCGUAAACUCAGCAAAAAACGGUCAGGCUUGCAAAGGUCUAAGAAAAGAAUCGCUCGUACAAGCCAUAUUAGAGUAAUGCAAAACCACACUAAUAACAGCAAAGGGUUGCAGGUGGUAAAAUCUGAAUGUAAUCACACUUUGCAUUCUGAUUCUUCUCUCGAAAUCUCUGAAAGUUCAGCAGGUGGCUGUGAACUGAAAGCAGAUAUGAAACACACACCUGGAAACUCUGCUUUCCCCUCCACCGCUAAUGACUGCUCGAGAGACCUUUUUGAUUCUUUGUUCUGAGUACUGAUUAAGAUUUUAAAAAUUGUAGU